UGCAGAUAAGUACACCUGUGUCUAAAGUACCACUGUUGUGUUUUUCUUCUCAGAUUGUUCCCUGCGAGUAUCUCCUGCAGCCAGUGCACAGCGGCGAGCGUCACCUCUACGGCCAGCUCCUGAAGUCACUGGCCUUCUCCGUGUUCACACAGUGUCGUCGGCCAUUGCCCAACUCCACCAACUUCAAGGCUCUGACGGGCUUUGGACCUGGUCUCGCCAUUGACAUGGCUCUGAAGAACCCAGAUAGGCCCGAGUGUCUGCGUCUGUAUACGCCGCCCUUUAUCCUGGCUCCAGUGAAAGACAAGCAGACAGAGCUUGGGGAGACUUUUGGCGAAGCAUCCCAGAAGUACAACGUCCUGUUUGUCGGCUACUGUCUUUCUCAUGACCAGCGCUGGCUGCUGGCCUCCUGCACCGAUCAGCACGGAGAACUGCUGGAGACCUGCAUCAUUAGUAUUGAUGUUCCCAACAGGGCUCGCAGGAAAAAGGGCUCAGCCAGACGACUGGGUUUGCAGAAGCUGUGGGAGUGGUGUCUCGGCCUGGUGCAGGUGACGUCGCUGCCUUGGAGAGUGGUCAUUGGACGGCUUGGUAGGAUGGGACACGGCGAACUGAGAGACUGGAGUAUUCUGCUGAGCAGAAGGAACUUACAAUCCCUCAGUAAGCGUCUGAAGGAGACAUGUAGGAUGUGUGGUAUCUCUGCUGCCGACACUCCCAGCAUCCUUAGCGCCUGUCUGGUUGCCAUGGAGCCCCAGGGUUCCUUUGUCAUCAUGCCAGACUCUGUCUCAACAGGUUCAGUGUUUGGUCGCAGCACCACACUGAACAUGCAAACAUCCCAGCUGAGCACUCCUCAGGACACAUCCUGCACACACAUCCUGGUGUUCCCCACCUCGGCCAUGGUGCAGGUCAACACUAACACUGCAGAGCCCAUCGACAUCAACUUCAAUCCCAUAAAUCCUGACGGAUCUGAUGGAAUGGGCAUCUUUGACCUGUUUGACAACGACAUGGUGGAUCCAGACCUCAUCAACAUCCUGCCCAACUCCCCCACUACCUCCCCUGUUCACUCUCCUGGCUCCCACUACCACCAGGGGGGAGAUGGAAGCAAGGGUCAGAGCGCAGAUCGGAUGGAGUCCCACGAGGAGGCUCUGAACAUCCUGCAGCAGCCCAUGGCUCUGGGCUACUUCGUCUCCACAGCAAAGGCUGGACCACUGCCUGACUGGUUCUGGUCAGCCUGCCCUCAAGCCCAGAACCAGUGCCCACUCUUCCUUAAGGCCUCUCUGCACCUGCACGUGUCUUCUGUCCAAUCAGACGAACUCCUGCACAGUAAACACUCCCACCCGCUGGACUCCAACCACACCUCUGAUGUGCUCAGAUUUGUUCUAGAGCAGUACAACGCCCUCUCCUGGUUGACAUGCGACCCUGCAACCCAGGACCGCCGCUCCUGUCUGCCUGUUCACUUUGUGGUGCUCACCCAGAUGUACAACUUUAUCAUGAACAUGCUCUGAACUCUUAACGAGAUCGAACCGCUGAGAUCAGAUCAAAUUGUGGAUCCUCGACACUCAAAGGACCUCACACUCCAUCAGGGCAAAUACGGAGGAAGCGUCACUUCUCCUCCUCUUCUUCUUCCUCCCUGAUGCAUCUUAAACAACACUGACUGACUGGAAGUCUCCAAUCAACCAACCAAUCAAUCAGAUGCCAAGAAUCCAUUUUAGCAUUUUGGAAGAUUAAGGGACGUUUCAUAAAGGAGAAUAAAUUGUCUUUUUAAUGACUGUAGAUUGCAAUCUAUAAAUUUUAUCUUAAUGAAAUGCCUGCAUAUAUUAUUUAUUGUAAGUUUUUAAAUGUGGAAUUUUUAAUGCUUAAUAUCUUUUAUAUAUUACAAAUCCUAGAGGGUGUGUACAUCUCACUGUAAAGGAAUUGGUUUAAAAAGUGUAAUUUUCUCAAUUACAACACAGAAAAACCUGUUCAAGUGAAUUUGCUGUAGAUUGCUUUUAGAAUAUUAUUUUUUCAAAGGGUACAGACCUUUUUAUUGACAUGCUGUAAAAAUGAAGUAAACGCUGGCCUGGGCAUUUGCAUCCCACCCGACGAGUGGAUGAGACUUUACCUCUCUGUCUGCUUCAGCUCCAGAGUCUCUCGCACAGUAACUCAAUGAGCUCUGAAGAGGAAUUAAAAGGUACAUUGUCAGAUUAUAUAUUUUAUAUAACAGAUUUAGGUAAUUGUGUGUGAGUGUAUAUGUGUACAUAUAAUUGUGUGCCGCUACUGAUGGUGCAGCUUCUGUUUUAGAAUUAAAGUGCGUCUACAUUAUA